AUGGCCCACCGAAUGGCUUCCGUGCUCGAUGAGCGUAGGGAUCCAAAUUUCAAUACCUGGACCGAGAUCAUACCCCAGCGCGUCAAAGAGGCUCAUGGCGUUGUGCCAAAACGUGGUGGUAAAGGCAGCAAUAUCCUCGGACCCGAUAACCCGGAACGCGCUGAGCAGAGUUACUCAUUGGUUCGACCACCAUCCACAGAUGGAGGAAAAAUGCCAAACAUGAAAUGGUCUUUCACAGACUCACAUAUGCGUCUCGAGGAAGGUGGCUGGGCGCGCGAGACCACAGUGCGUGAACUCGGCACAUCCAAGGAGUUGGCUGGUGUCAACAUGCGUCUCGAAGCCGGAGUUUAUCGAGAGCUUCACUGGCACUCGGAAGCUGAGUGGGCAUACAUCCUCAAGGGAAGCUGCAGAAUGACCGUCCUCGACGUCGAGGGAGGGAGUUUCAUCGAUGAUCUAGAGGAGGGUGACCUCUGGUACUUCCCCACCGGGUACCCACACUCAAUCAUCGGCACAGGCGAGGAAGGAACCGAAUUCCUGCUUGUCUUCGAUGAUGGAAAUUUCAGUGAAGAUUCCACCUUCCUCUUGACGGAUUACCUUGCUCGAACACCGAAAGAUAUACUGGCAAAGAACUUCCGUGUUGAUGCUCGCACAUUCGACACUCUUUCACAACACGAAAAAUACAUUUUCCAGGGCUCAAUUCCCGGCUCGCUCGAGUCUGAUCGCGCGCAGGUUAUUGCUUCCAAGCAUCGCUUCACUCACCGUCUCCUCAAGCAAAAGCCAAUUAAAUUUGAUGGUGGCGAGGUUCGCAUUGUCGACUCGACGAAUUUCCCCAUCUCAAAGACUGUGGCAGCUGCGCAUGUCCUCAUCAAUCCUGGAGCUUUGAGAGAGAUGCACUGGCACCCUAACGCUGAUGAAUGGUCUUUCUUCAUUCGUGGUAAGGCUCGCGUCACCAUCUUCGCCUCAAAUGGCUGUGCGCGCACUUUCAACUACCAGGCUGGCGACGUGAUGGUGAUCUUAAAAAAUCAUGCGCACUACGUGGAGAAUGUUGGUGACGGCCCAGUAGAAAUGUUGGAGAUGUUCAGAGCACCAAGAUUUGAAGACUUCAGCGUGGAGCAGUGGCUUGCUCAGACGCCCAAGACAUUCGUGGCCGAGCACUUGAAUCUGACUGGGUCGAGGAAGGAUGAGUUCUUGAAUGGGCUAAGCAAGAGUCCUGCUGCUGUCAAGCCCGGGCUAAAGAAAAGUAAAAGCUUGAGUGACAUGUGA